UUGUAAGGCCAUAGAAUGAGACUUUGGAUAAAAUUGAAGUUUCAACAAAAAUGAGUAUCCUUUGACGCGUAGAAGAAAUCAAGAUUGAAGAAAAACAUUAUGGCUAACUGUAAAAGACAACCACACUGGUGGUUGGCUCUUUAUUCAAGUGCAUAUAUAGUUGCCAAAAACAAUACUCACUUGUCAGAAAUGAAUGCCAAUCCCAACUCUGCCAAAGGGUAUGAUGAAGCCCCCCCAGCAAUGGCACCACCUCAAUAUGCUCUUCCACCACCCAAAAGUCACAGUACUGAAUUCUUUGAGUUCUGUAUUACAGCUCUAUGUUGUUGUUGCGUCUUAGAUGGCUGUUUCUGUGACCCUUCAAUCUUAUGUAUGAGCUGCUGCUAGAUCAUGCUUCAAGCUACCAUUAGUUAAUAUCGUCAUUUGAUAUUUAAUGCAAUGUGGAAAAACAACAACUAUAUGCUCCCUUAAUUAUCAAUUUGGAUUUGAAUUGAAAUGUGCAAAUGUAACAUUAACAAGUAAUGUUUUGCAGUAGUUUCUUCUUUUAAUUCUUGAGUAAUAUUUGCUCCAUUGAACAUAUUCUCGUGUUCCUUUGGCUACUUCCAAUCACUCGAUUUACUGUCAAACGCAAAACCUUAAUUAAAGUAUCUUUUUAAUAUUUGGGUUUCAGAAUUAGGCUCACUAUAGGAAUUUUUUGUUUCAUGAGACAAAGGGUUUGCCAAAGAUAGUUGGGUUUCAGUGAGUGCCUUAGUCAUAGGGGCUUUUAACUAUCUAUUGCUCUAAUUAUAAAAACUAAAAGAAUAAAUUUGUUUGAGUU